AAUCUAUACAACGGUACCUGAGUCCUUUGCAUUGAAACAGAAGCAAAAGAAACAAAGAAAUUCCACAUGGAGCAGGAACCCUAAGAUCAAAAGAAGGACGAUGGAAGGAUUUGCUUUGUUUUUGGUUGCACUUGUUUCAAUGGGCAUCACCAACCUAGCAAUGGUUCCUGGGAAAACAAAUCGGAAUGUGUCUGCUAUGUACCUGUUGGGUGAUUCUUCUGUGGAUUGUGGCUCCAACACUCUCUUUUACCCUAUCAUCCAUUUAAAUCUUUCUUUACUUCCUUGUAACGGUUCCAAUUCCAUCCUUCUUCCCUAUCUUCUUGCUAAGAAAAUGGGUUUACCAUACGCCGAGCCAUUCUACGCCCAGAACGGAACCAUCGAUGGCUUGCUAAACGGUGUGAACUACGGUGCAGCCCACGCAACAAUCCUUAGCCCCACUAGCCUUAGCCACCAGUCUCUUAACCACCAGCUAAGGCAAGUAUUCGAGACGGUUCAACUAUUGGAACUACAACUCGGCCAUGAAAGCUCUCGCCAUUUCAUCAGAUCCUCCCUUUUUUACCUCGCAUUCGGCAAAGAUGACUACAUAGAUCUCUUUCUCCGCAAUUUCUCAGGUGUAAUGGCUGAAUACAAUGGCCCUCAAUUUGCUGAAAUUUUAGUUAACCAAAUGGUACAUGCAGUGAUGAACCUGUAUGAUAUGAAUGUGAGAAAAGUUGUAUUAAUGGGGAUACUGCCUUUGGGAUGUGCUCCAAGUUUACUGUUCCAAUGGCACAUUGAUGAUGCAACAGGCUGCGUUGAGAUGAUAAAUGAAGUGAUUUUGAGGUAUAAUGUACUGCUAGAAAAGAGCAUUGUUAGGCUCAAUGAAGAGUUGCCUGAUGCACAUCUCGUCUUUUGUGAUCUUUACCAAGGAGUCAAGAAGAUCAUAACUUAUCCACAAUUCUUCGGAUUUGAGGAUGCAAAGAAUGCAUGCUGUGGGCUUGGUUUGUAUGGUGCAGAGAUUGGGUGCGUGACUUCAGAUAUAGCCUGCAACACUGUUUCAGCAAAUGUGUGGUGGGAUCUCUAUAACCCAACACCCAAAGUAAACUCAUUGCUUGCCGAGUCAACAUGGUCCGGUCAACAACUCCUCUCCAACAUUUGCCGUCCAACUACAAUCCGUGGUCUGGUUUACUCUUCAGUGUCCCCUCCCACUUGACCCUCCUCACUCAUCUUCACCAUUUCUCACAGACCACUAUAGAUUCAAGUUCCUUUGUUAGGGAAACCCAUUGUUCUGUAUCCCUGGAAUUAGCUGAGAAUUGGUGUAAUUUUCCUGAAAAACUCAUGCACAUCAGCCAUAUACCAAUGGCAGUAGAUAGCAGUCCAAGUUAAAGGAAAAUUGAAAAUACGGAACUCCAUAUGUAUAUGCUGCAAUCAGAACCAUAUUUUUUGUCCCUUAUGGAUUUGCUGUUUUUCUUUGUUUCAUCUGUUGUAUUGUAUUGUAUUGUAUUUUACCCCCAUUACCA